UUACACAAUGCAUUUAAGCUUGUACACUUGCAUGAACACACCUUUAGUUGAUUGAAGAACUAGAACUGAGUACUGCACAAAAAUGGCUCCUAAUUCUUUAGAUCGUUGUAGAUUAGCCCUCCUUUUUGCUAUAUUAAUGGACAUGGCUGGAGUUGUGUCACUACUUGUUGGGAUCUUUGCAGAAUUACAACUAAAUGGCCAAGACUUUGGUGACCUUUUGAUAUAUACCGGUGCAAUCCUUGUCUUCCUGAGUCUCAUUGGUUGGAUUUUCUGGUACACAGGUAACAUUGAAAUCUCCCUAGAGGACCUACAACAAGACUAUACCAUCAAGGAUGGAACCCUUGCUCGAUUAGCACGCAAAAUUUCCCGUCACAUUUCCCACAGAGAAGGAAGUAAGAGAUGGAAGAAUGAGGAAAGACGAAGAACUAACAACCCUGACACACUGCAACUGUCCAGAACGAAAGUACACAAAGAGGAGCUACUAACUGGAGUUCCUGAAUCAUAAAAUGUUCCUUGGAAAAACAAAAAUACUCUUUCAUCAUGCUGUGCACAGGAAAAAAUGGACAGCAACACUUUUUUUUUUUAACUGAAUGAUUUUAUUGUUUUGUGUAUACUUUUUGGAUGUAGUUAUCUUUCAAAGCAGUUUAUGUGUGCAAUUCACAACUACACUUAAUAUUUACAAAGUGAAAAAGAGUCAGACCAGAGAGUUUGUUUGCAGACUACCUUUUAGAAAUUUGUAUUAUCUAAUUUUCUAAUAGUCAAAAGGUUUUGUGUGAAUGAAUAUUUUGUACACUGCCACAAAUGUCUGACUUUCAAUUAUUUUGUUUAAUAGUACUACAGAUAUGAUAAAGGGAGAUUCUCUUAAAAGCUGGUCCUCAAAAUGUAAUGUUAGCCUGAUAAAAAGGUAUUGGUAUAAACCACAAUACUACUUUUUUGGAAUUUUUACACUAUACAA